AGUUGUUGUAGAUCUCGGUGCAGUUGGUUGUGUUGGUCCGUGUCAUGAGGAGACUUCUUGGGCCACACUUCACCAUGAAGCUCUGCGUGAGUCUGAUUGUUUUGGGAAUUCUCCUACACGACGUCUCUUCCAUGAUUCAUUCUAUGAGGAUUUUCUACACUGGAUCGUCUAAAGUCCCAAACUUCCCAGAGUUUGUGGCUCUUACAAUGGUAGAUGACGUUCAGGUGAAUUACUACGACAGUAACACCCAGAGAGUUGUGCCCAAACAGGACUGGAUGAACAAAGUCACACAAGACGACCCUCAGUACUGGGACACACAGAGUCAGAUCCGACAGGGUCACCAGCAGAGCUUCAAAGGCAACAUCGAAAUCGUAAAGCAGCGCAUGAACCAAACUGGAGGGGCACACAUUUACCAGAGGAUGUACGGCUGUGAAUGGGACAGUGAGACCAACAGACUGACUGGAUAUGAUCAGUUUGGCUACGAUGGAGAAGAUUUCAUUGCGUUUGACCUGGAGACAAAAACAUGGAUCGCACCAAGACAAGAGGCCUUCAUCACCAAACUCAAGUGGGACCAGAAUGAAGGGAUGAAUGUUCAGAACAAACACUACUACACCCAGAUCUGUCCUGAGUGGAUAAAGAAGUACGUCAGUUAUGGGAAGGACACUCUGAUGAGAACAGAGCUCCCCACUAUCUCCCUCCUGCAGAAGUCGUCCUCGUCCCCGGUCACCUGCCACGCCUCAGGUUUCUACCCCAACAGAGCCAUGCUGUUCUGGACUAAAGAUGGACACGAGCUCUAUGAGGGCGUGGACCCCGGGGAGAUCCUGCCCAACCACGACGGGACCUUCCAGAAGAGUGUGGAGCUGAACGUGUCCUCGAUCCCAUCUGGAGACUGGGGCAGGUACCACUGUGUGUUCCAGCUGUCUGGAGUCAAAGAGGACGUCCUCACAAAACUGGACAAAGCCGUGAUCAGGACCAACGAGAAGUCCAACACUCCUCUGAUCAUCAUUGCUGCUGUGGUUGGUCUCUGUGUGGUUGUGGUGGCUGCUCUUGGGUUUGUCCUGUACAAGAAGUGGCCCUUUGCAGCCAAACGUCCUCCAUCCCCUGUGAGUGAUCCAGAGGUCGAGGAGGAGCUUAAUCCAAAAUCUUAAACCCUGUGCAGGAGGAGUGGAGUCUUCCAGUUGGAUGCACUUGUUAUUCUCAGAUGUCAUAAACUUUUACAAACCGGAUUGAUGCUUUAGGCUUUCAAAAUGAUGACUUAUUUUCACUACGCAAUUUACAGAUGCAAAAUUACCUUCCAAAUAGAGCUCAGUUAGACACAUUACAAAUUUAUGUUGAACUUUUUUUUGCUAAUAGUCAAAGCAUCGAUCUAUUUUCCAGUUGUUCUUCAUUCAUUUGUCUGGCAUUAUUAACCAUAUACACAAUAGUUACAAUAGUGGUUUCUGCUGAAGGGGAUUCUUGGCUCAUUAUCUACAGUUUUAUUGCAUCGAUUGACUUGUAAAUGAUCUUAAAAUACAUCAUAUACAUAUUUGAAGGGAGGAGAGAUUAAAAAUAAAAGUAAUUAAUUAUAUUUAAGUCUCACUGGAGUUUUAAACAAACGUAAAAUAUAAAUACAAACUGUACAAAGUGGAUUAGAUCAAAAAGAAACUAAACUGUAUCAAAUGUAGUAUUUUUGAAGCCAAUAUUCAAGAGACAUAUUCACAUGUUUAGUUUAAGAGGGUUUUUUUGCCAUUUUGAAACAUAAUUAAAUAGAUGUGCAGUGUCUUCAGUAAAAUGGUUCCCUGAAAACAGUUUGAUCAUGAAGAAGAGAAUCCUACAGUUGUCAUGAUUAUUUAUCAAAGAUGUACAUUUGGGUUUUAAUAGGGUUUAGGAGAUUUUAUUUUUGAAGUUUGAUGUAGAUUAUAAAUAUAUAAUGCGUGAUUUUUGGGGGCUUUUGGUUUUAAAAUAUGCUGUAGUGUCAAAGUUGGGAUAGAACAUGUUUUGAUUUUUGUGAAACUGAAAUUGCACUGUUUUCCAUCUUUUGCUUUUGUUCUGCUGUUUGGAUUUUAAAUAAAAAUUCCCAACUUUAAAA